AUGGCCAUGGUUCCCAAGAGCAACAUGGGACUUUCCAAGGCGGUUCCCACCCCAUUCGGUUGCAUUGGCUGUAAGCUGCCAAAGCCUGACUACCCACCAGCGCUAAUCACCUUUAUGUUCUGCGCAAUGGUUAUCACUGUUGUCUUAGACCUGAUUGGCAACUCCAUGGUCCUUUUGGCUGUGACCAAGAACAAGAAGCUCCAAAAUUCUGGCAACAUCUUUGUGGCCAGCCUCUCCGUGGCAGACAUGAUGUUCGCCAUCUACCCCUACCCUAUGAUGCUGUAUGCCAUGUCAGUUGGGGGCUGGGAUCUGAGUCAGCUCCAGUGCCAGAUAGUCGGGUUGGUCUCAGGACUGAGUGUGGUUGGUUCCAUCUUCAACAUUACGGCCAUUGCCAUCAAUCGUUACUGCUACAUCUGCCACAGCCUUGAAUAUAAGCAGAUCUUCGGCCUGCGCAACACUUACAUCUACCUGGUCACUACCUGGGUCAUGACUGUCCUGGCUGUCCUGCCUAACAUGUACAUUGGCACCAUUGAAUAUGAUCCUCGCACCUACUCCUGUAUCUUCAACUAUGCGAACAACCCCAUCAUUACUGUGACCAUUGUCUGCAUCCACUUUGUCCUUCCUCUCAUCAUAGUCGGUUAUUGCUACACCAAAAUCUGGAUCAAAGUGCUGGCAGCCCUUGACCCAGCUGGACAGAAUCCUGAUAACCAGUUUGCUGAGGUUCGAAAUUUUCUAACCAUGUUUGUGAUCUUCCUUCUUUUUGCAGUAUGCUGGUGCCCUAUCAAUGUGCUCACUGUGUUGGUGGCUGUCAGCCCAAAAGAUAUGGCAGGCAAGAUCCCCAACUGGCUUUAUCUUGCAGCCUACUGCGCAGCCUACUUCAACAGCUGCUUCAAUGCUGUCAUCUAUGGUAUCCUCAAUGAGAGUUUCCGACGAGAAUACUGGAUCAUCUUUCAUGCUUUGCGGCACCCUAUCCUGUUCAUCACUGACAUUUGGGAGACUCGGGAAACCGGAGCUCUCACUUGUGCCCAUGUCCGUGCCUGUGACCAAGCCCGAGAACAAGAGCAUGCCUGUACCUGUCUUGCUGUGGAAGGAAUACCACGGAAUGUCCGGAAUGUUCUAUUGCCUAGUGAUGUGGCAAAAGUCCACUCUGAUCGUGUCUCUGUCCAUUCCAAACCCCAAACCAGGUGUACUUCUGCCUACCGCAAACCUGCCUCUGUCCAUCACAAGUCUCUUUCUGGCCACCCCAAGUCUGCCUCUGUCUACCCUAAGCCAGCCUCCUCUGUCCAUUUCAAGCCUGCCUUGGUCCAUCUCAAACCCACCUCUGUCCAUUUUAAAGGGGACUCUGUCCAUUUCAGGGCUGCUUCCAAGCUUGUUACUAGUCACCAUAUCUCUGCUGCCUCUUCCCCUAGCCAUCCUACAUCCACUGCUGGCUACAUUAAGCCUGCUACCAGCCACCCUGCAACCACCACUGUUGACUAUCUUGAACCUGCCACCACUAGCCAUUCUGUGCUCACUGCUGUUGAUCUCCCUGAGAUCUCAGCCUCCCAUUGCCUUGAGAUGACCACCAUUAGCCACCUUAAACCUGCCUCCAGCCUUCCCGUUGUAUUCCCUGAGCUUGCUGCUACCUCUGCCACCCCUCCUGACCCCACAGUAAUCCCCAUUGCCACUGAUGAUUGCCGAAAUGUCCUGCUUAUUGAUGAUGAUUCUGAUGAUUCCGAUUGUUCUGAUGAGAUGGCUGUGUGAAAAGUGUUCUUUACAGUUUGCCCAGCUUAUGCAAUCCAGCAUGAGAUAUCUCCAUUACACAGACACACUGACUGACACACACAGACAUGGACUCCCAGACACAGUUGAAGUUCCAUCUACUUUUCAAGUACACUCCU